CCUCUGCGUCCUUCCCUCUCUGUGUCUCAGGCCUGGAUUGGGGGCAUUCGAGGAGGCUGCCCGCCCGGGCUGGGAAACCACAUCAAGGCCAGCUGCUGCUGGGUUGCAUUCCACACGGAGUCAGCAGGUGUGCUGGGUGUCGUGCCGCUGAGCAGCCAGAAGAGGGCCAAGAGCGCCAUUUCACAGCUCUGUUGCCACUCAGAUGUCGUGACAGAUUUUGACUUUUCUCCCUUUGACGAUCAGCUCCUGGCAACAGGCUCCACCAAUGACGUUGUGAAGGUGUGGCGCCUCCUUGGUCCUGGCCCAGACCUGACGUCUUCCCCUCACGUGGCCUUGGGGCCUGAGAAGGGCCCGGUGGACGUGCUCCUCUUCCACCCCACGGCCGACGGCGUCCUGGCCAGCGGGGCUCAGAGGGCAGUGAAGGUUUGGGACGUGGAGCAGCGCCGGACCCUGGCAGAACUGGAGAGCCACGAGGAGCAGGUCCAGAGUCUCGCCUGGCAACCGGACGGUUCCCUCCUGGGUACCUCUUGCAAGGAUAAGAAGCUGCGCAUCUUCGAUCCUCGCGCCCAGGCCGCAGCCUGCCAGAGUGUCGUGGCUCACGCGAACGGGAAGGGCUCCCGGCUGACCUGGGUGAACGCCGAAGGCUGCCUGCUUUCUGUGGGAUUCAGUCAGACGAUGGAGCGCGAAGUCCGCCUCUGGGACACACGGCGCUUCGGCAGCUCACUGGCCUCCGUCACCCUGGAUGCGUCACCCAGGGCCAUGAUUCCCCUCUUCGACCCCAGCACAGGCCUCCUCAUCCUGGCAGGCAAGGGGGAGACGGGCCUCUUCUGCUACGAGGUGCUGCCCAGCCAGCCGGCGCUGACCGAGGUCAGCCAGUGCCUGAUGGAGAGCAAGUCCCAGGGGGCGGCCCUCGUGCCCCGGCGGGCCCUGGACGUCAUGGCGUGCGAGGUGCUGCGCCUCCUGCAGCUGACCAGCGGCGCCGUCGUCCCGGUCAGCUACGUGGUGCCACGGAAGUCCACGCAGGAGUUCCACAGAGACCUGUUUCCCGACUGCGCUGGAAGCGUCCCGGCGACAUCUGCCCGAGCCUGGUGGGCCGGAGACAACAGCCAGGUGCCGCGCGUGAGCCUCCAGCCGGACCAGCAGCCCGGCCGGCCCUUCACCUCCGCCUGCCUGCCCUGUCCCCAGCCUGAGGGCCCCGGCCAGGACUGCACCCGAGGCGGCAGCCGGACGGAGGACCCCGAGCGCAGCGCCGGCGGCGGCGGCGGCAGCAGCGGCAGCAGCAGCCUCUCGCCCCCCUCCAGCUCGCUGGCGUCCCCGUCCAGUGCCGUGCCGUCUCCCACCCUCACCAGCGGCUUUGCCUCCAGCCCCAGCCAGCGCUCGCUGCAAAGCCUUCUGGGGCCCAGCUCUGGCUUCCGCCACGUCCAGGGCACCGUCCUGCACCGCAGCACCCACAUCACCAACCUCAAGGGCCUGAACCUCACCACCCCGGGCGAGUGUGACGGCUUCUGCGCCAACCGGCAGCACGUGGCCGUCCCCCUGCUGUCCUCAGGGGGGCAGGUGGCCAUCCUGCAGCUCUCCCAGCCGGGCCGCCUUCCCGACACUUCCAUGCCCACCAUCCAGAACGGGGCGCCCGUCUCGGAUCUGUGCUGGGACCCUUUCAAUCCGCAACGCCUGGCAACCGGCGCGGAAGAUGCCAGGAUCCGUCUGUGGCGGACGGAGGCGGGAGGGCUGCAGAAGACGCUCCUGGAGCCCGAGGCAGUGCUGCAAGGUCACACGGAGAAGAUUUACUCGGUCAAGUUCCACCCGCUGGCCUCGGACAUCCUGGCCUCCUCCUCCUACGAUACGAGCGUCCGGAUAUGGGACGUGCGCGCCGGGAGGCAGGCGCUGCGGUUGGACGGACACGAGGGCCAGAUCUUCAGCCUGGCCUGGAGCCCGGACGGACGCCACCUGGCCACCGUCAGCAAGGACGGCAAAGUGCGGGUCUUCGAGCCCCGGCAGGCCUCACAGCCCCUGCAGGAAGGGUCGGGCCCCGAGGGAGGCCGGGGCGCCCGCGUCGCCUGGGUGUGUGGAGGCAGGUACCUGCUGGUCUCAGGCUUCGACAGUCGCAGCGAGCGCCAGCUUUCCUUGUACCUGGCGGAGUCGCCAGCGGCCGGGCCCGUGACAGUCCUCGGCCUGGACGUCUCCCCGUCCACCCUCAUCCCCUUCUAUGACACGGACACGAGCGUGGUCUUCCUCACAGGAAAGGGAGACACCCGCAUGUACAUCUACGAGGUCCUCCCCGAGGCCCCCUUCUUCCUGGAAUGCAACAGCUUCCUGUCCAGCGACCCCCACAAGGGCUUCCAGUUCCUGCCCAAGACGGCAUGUGAUGUGCGAGAGGUCGAGAUCGCCCGGGCCGUCCGCCUGCGCCAGAACUCCAUCGAGCCCGUGGCCUUCCGGGUGCCCAGAGUCAAGAAAGAGUUUUUCCAGGAUGACCUGUACCCACCCACGGACGUGUGGUGGGAACCGGCCCUGUCCGCCGCCGCCUGGCUGCAGGGCUCGGACGGGCAGCACCGGAAGCUCAGCCUGCAGCCCGAGGACAUGACCCCGGUGAGCAAAGCGCCGAAGGAAGCUCCGAGCAGGAAGUAUGUCCCAUCCUCCGUCUACCUGGAGGAGAAGUCAGAUGAGCAGAAAAAGGAGGAGCUGCUCAGCGCCAUGGUGGCCAAGCUGGGCAACCAGGACGGCCCGCUGCCACAGGACGCCUUCGAGGGAGUGGACGAGGAGGAGUGGGACUAGCCCGGAAGGCUGAGAUGGGCUGCCAGCACUUUUCCGCCCAGACGACCCAUGUUGCCUGCUGCUUGUGGAGCCCAGAGCUUCUCCUCGUGGUCUUCCACACACUGCCAUUCUGGGCCAGGCACCGCCUUCCUGCAGGCAUGCAGAACGGCCGGGAUCUCACCGAGUUUCCUCUCCCGGCCUCCUCACCUGCCCCGCCGCCCCUCUGCAGCCCCACGGCAGGAAUCCGGCCCCCUCCCCUGCACCGCCUGGGCCCAGUGCCGGGCACCCAGCCUCUGCCUGAGUCGCGUGUUUACAGACAAGCUCAGGGAGCCACCCAGCCUCAGCCUCGGACAGCGGCUCUGGGCCUGACGGAGCGGCAGUGCCUUCCUCGAGGAGGCGCCCUUGCUCUGCACCCGCCCCAAACGGGGCAUCAAGUGUGGUGGGGUGGGCCCUGGGCCGGCCCGGAGGCCGUGGCCUUCGGGCGGCUGGCCCCUCGCCCUCUCCGUUGCCCGUGGAGCUGUCCCUCAUUACGCUGAGUCCUACCCCCCCCCCAGGACCUGGCCUGCCUGGGGGCAUCUUGCUUGAGCACACCCUCCGGCUUUGGCGCCUGCUGCAAGAUGGAGUGGCAACGAGGGCAGAGGAAGACGUUCUGCAGCCCCCCUAGCCAGAGCGGCCUCUUGGCUGGACACCUGGGAGCAGAUGGUGCCGGCACCGUGAGACAGAGCGCCGUCCCUUGGCUGGGUUCCCCCGGCAGAACCCCCUCCCUGCAAGCGGUUCUGUCUGGCUGUGCAUGUGGCUGCAAUACGAAAAGUUGUGCUAAA